CUUAAUUCCUCUGAACAGGAAGAAACUGAACACAUCAUGGUCAGAGAGGAAUAUCUGCUCUACAAAUUUAACUUCAGGCCUUGUGACCUUUGUGCAUCAUCAUGUCAGCAGACGAUCAGCUGUACGAGCUCAUCAUUUCCUGGUUGGAUCAGCGAGAAGAUUUUAGUCGUCACCUGAGAGAAUUAGCAAAUGAUCUUGAGUCUGUUAAUGAGAAAUGCAACGCUGGCCGUAUGGCGGGAAACAGUGUUACAGUAGUGGGUGGGAUAACGAUGAUAGGAGCAGGUGUUGCCACCUUUUUAAGUGCAGGAGUCGCAGCUCCCCUCUUCGGACUUGCAGGAGCGUACACGGCAAUCGGGUCAAGUGUGACUUUAACAUCAAAACUAAUUGAGUGGUGGUUAGAAAGAGGCACACUGAAAAAAGCAAAGAAGGUUUCUGAGGACAAUAAAAAGCUUGGAGAGAAAAUCCAAAGACGCAUCAAAGAGCAGAUAGGAGAAAUCAGGAACAGCUCAGAUAUAUGUGCGACAGAUAAUGAUGUCAUAGAGUGCAUCCUUCGGGCCAUUGCAAAACGAAAUGGAAUACCAUGGAUGGAGGUUAUAGGGGUAGCAAAAAAUUUGGCGCCUUACAUCCAAAGCCUGAUGAUAAGCAUAGGUGUGAGACAGGCGAGUCAGGGCGGCUUCAACCUGGAAACCUUGAUCAGGGAUAAGGCUGCAGGGUUCGCCAGAGAGAAAACUCUAGAUGCCCUGAUGUUAGCUGGGAAAGGCGCAGUACGGGUUGGGGGAGGAAUCUUCACUGUGGCACUGACACUCCCGGAUACCAUCGACAACUACAAGAGGGCCAUUGAAAAUAACAAAGUAACUGGACCGAGUAAAGAACUGAAGAAAGCAGCUGAUGAGCUGAAGAAGUCGACUCAAAAUUUCAGAGAAGCGCUGAAUGAAAUUGAGAAGAAGAUGAGAGAGAUGCGGCGCUCAAGAGGCUGGUUUUAAUCCUCAUAAACGGGUCCCAAUAUAUUUUCUUUUUUGUAACACUGCCUUUGUUUUCAACAUCUCAUAAUGUGGAAGACUUGUAAUAUCAACAGAAAAGACAUGAACAAAGAGAAAAGUAAAGGAAAAAACAUGUUAAAUAGGAAAACAGAGGUAGAUUUGUUAUUAUAUACAUAUAUGCCCAUAUACAUGUGAAAGUAUAGCUACACUUCAUUUACGUACACAUAUAUUUACUCAGCGGUGAUACAUUUCCUCAAGUACUGUACUUAAGUACAAUAUUGAACUUUAUAUUUAAAUUUUCCGUUUGUUUGG